CCCCUACACAAGGCAGUUCAUACUUAAUAAAAGCCUCACAAUCAAAUCCAUGUUUUCUUUCUAGUUAGGGCUUCAAGCGUCAAAGUUCAAUUUUCUGGAAUUGAAUUCAUAGAGACGAAUCCACGAUGGAAGGAGAUGGGAAAUUGGAGGCCCAGAUAGAGGCGCUGCUGAAUGUGGAGAAGCAGAUGAGGCAAGCCGGCGAUGUGGCUGGCACUCGAAAGGCCGUCUCCGAAAUUCUGCAGCUCUGCUUCGAGGCACGUGCCUGGAAAACCAUGAACGAUCAGAUUCUUCUCUUAUCCAAGCGCCGUGGUCAACUUAAGCAGGCUGUACAAGCCAUGGUUCAACAAGCCAUGGAGUACAUUGAUCAGACUCCUGAUGUGGAAGCCAAGAUAGAACUUAUUAAAACACUUAACAAUGUGUCUGCUGGGAAGAUAUAUGUUGAGAUUGAACGGGCUAGAUUGAUUAAGAAACUUGCUAAGUUAAAAGAAGAGCAGGGGUCUAUAGCAGAGGCUGCUGAUUUGAUGCAAGAAAUUGCGGUUGAAACAUUUGGUGCAAUGGCCAAAACUGAAAAAAUAGCAUUCAUUCUUGAGCAAGUGCGUUUGUGUUUAGACCGUCAAGAUUAUGUCCGUGCACAAAUUCUCUCACGAAAGAUCAAUCCUAGAGUGUUUGAGGCUGAUACUUCAAAAGAGAAGAAGAAACCAAAAGAAGGCGAAGCUGUAGUUGAAGAACCUCCUGCAGACAUUCCAUCGCUACUGGAGUUGAAGCGGAUUUACUAUGAAUUAAUGAUUCGGUAUUACACACACAGCAAUGAUUAUCUUGAGAUUUGCCGGUGUUACAAAUCCAUUUAUGAGAUACCUUCUGUAAAAGAAGACUCAACAAAGUGGAUACCAGUAUUGAGGAAAAUAUGCUGGUACCUGGUUUUGUCUCCACAUGACCCUAUGCAAUCAAGCCUUCAUAACUCCACACUAGAGGAUAAGAAUCUUUCAGAAAUCCCUCAUUUCAAAGCGCUACUGAAACAAUUAAUUACCAUGGAAGUCAUUCAGUGGAAUGCUUUAUGGACCACAUUUAAGGACGAAUUUGAGAAUGAAAAGAAUAUGCUUGGUGGUGCCCUAGGUGACAAGGCAGCAGAAGAUCUUAGAUUGAGAGUCAUUGAACAUAACAUUCUAGUUGUGUCUAAGUAUUAUUCACGGAUAAGCUUGAACAGACUAUCAAAUCUGCUGUGUCUUACUAUCCAGGAAACAGAGAAGCACCUAUCAGAAAUGGUUGUAUCCAAAGCACUGGUGGCUAAGAUUGACAGGCCAAUGGGCAUUGUUUGUUUCCGACCAGCACAGGACAGCAAUGGCAUUUUGAAUUCAUGGGCAAUGAACUUGGAGAAACUCCUUGACCUCGUCGAGAAGAGUUGCCACCAGAUCCACAAAGAAAUGAUGGUCCAUAAAGCUGCCCUAAAAGCUUGAGACUCUGCCCCGCCCCCACACCCCAAGUCCGUUUUGAGGAAGGGGCUGAGACUGGAAUGAAAAUCCCCAGGUGCAGUCCUGCUUUGCUUCUUGAAUUUCUCAAUCAAUCUAAGACAGACUUGUGAGCCCCACUCCUUUUUUCUUUUCUUUUUUUUUUUUGGGUUUGUAUUUCUUGUAUGUCUUUUUGGUGAUUUAUAAUUUGAUUGUGAUGAACAAGUUUUCAUUUUCUUAUUUAUUUUUCUCUCUUUUUUUUUUUCUUGAAAUUUGUCUGUUGCAAGUAUUGCAGAUUUCUACAAUCACUAAUUCCCUUUCUAAUUUGUUUCAACACGACACUUUUUUAGCAAUCUCCCGUUUUUGUAUCCACGGUGUUGUUCGUGAGUUAUGUACUUCGGGUAAUAGAUAUGUUUGUCCCGGGUAAACAAUGGAGUAUUAAAUUUCAUAAGGUAGU